GCCCAGUCUGUGUAACCAGCAGCAACAGAGAGAAUCGGCGCACACUCAUAGGUGUCACUGACUCUGAGCGGAGCGCUGGCUGUCAUCCUCGACAAAGGAAGGCUUUGAGCGCGCUGUCUCCAUGGUGACUGAUGCCGACAUAUAUCAUCCAUAGGUUGUGCCAUGCAUUCAAGGAAUACGUGAAUCGCGCGUGCCAGAAGAAGCCUUUUGCGCCAGUGCGCGCAUUUGGAGAGGCGCAUCAGCCGUGAUCAGACUGCAGCUUUGCUGGAUCAUCGGACCUUGCUUUUGCAUUUUAUUUUGCUCUUUUGUCCCUGGGCUCUUUUUUUUCUGUUGAAAUAUGAUGUUGCGCUUCACAGCUGGCAGGCUGCUUGUCGGAUUGUUCUUUUUGGGUUUUUUGCACAGUUUGGAGGUUCUUCCAGCAAGGGCAAUAGAUGCUCCAAAAACCUGCAGCCCCAAGCAGUUUGUUUGCAGAGAUCAGGUGACAUGUAUCUCAAAGGGUUGGCGGUGUGACGGGGAGAAGGACUGCCCGGACGGAUCAGACGAGGCCGCAGAUGUCUGUCCUCAUAACCGUGUGUCCCAGUGUCCUCCUAAUGAGCAUCAGUGUCUGGGGUCAGACUUGUGUGUUCACAUGAGCAAGCUGUGUAACGGCGUCUCUGACUGCACUGACGGAGGAGACGAGGGUCCGCACUGCAGAGAACUGGCGCUCAACUGUACUCUCACUGGUUGCCAGGACAACUGUGCUGUCACACGCACUGGCCCCAUGUGCUACUGCAAGAGCGGCUACGAGAUCAGCCAAGAUGGAAAGACCUGUAAAGAUUUUGAUGAGUGUACGGUGUACGGCACCUGCAGUCAGAAGUGCACUAACACAGACGGCUCGUACACCUGCUCCUGUGUGGAAGGAUAUCUGGUUCAACCAGACAACCGCUCCUGCAAGGCCAAGAAUGUGCCUGUGGACCGUCUCCCCGUGUUACUGAUCGCUAACUCCCAGAACAUCCAGAUUACGUCUCUGAGCGGAUCCAGCAGCCCGUCACUCUACAUAAGCACAAAACAGAGCACAGCCAUGGACUUCCUGUAUGCGCAGGAAACAGUGUGCUGGAUCAAUGUGGGCGACUCCCCCGCAGGCACACGACUGAAGUGCGCUAAGAUAACAGGACUCAAGAGCUUCACAGAUGAGAGGACCAUCAAUAUCUCCCUCAACUUACACCAUGUAGAGCAGAUGGCAAUAGACUGGCUCACAGGAAACUUCUACUUUGUUGAUGAUGUGGACGAUCGAAUCUUUGUAUGUGAUAAAGAUGGAGCCACAUGUGUGACACUGCUGGAUCAAGAACUCUACAACCCUAAAGGCAUCGCUCUGGACCCAACUAUGGGAAAGGUUUUCUUCACUGACUACGGGCAGAUCCCGAAGGUGGAACGCUGUGACAUGGAUGGACAGAACCGCACGAAGUUGGUGGACAGUAAAAUUGUCUUCCCGCAUGGCAUUACCCUGGACUUGGUCAACAGAUUGGUUUACUGGGCCGAUGCUUAUCUGGACUACAUCGAAGUAGUGGACUAUGAGGGCAAAAACAGACACACCAUCAUUCAAGGACUGUUGAUCGAGCAUCUUUAUGGUCUCACAGUGUUUGAGAACUAUUUAUAUGCCACAAACUCAGACAAUGCCAACAUGCAGCCUAAGACCAGCGUGAUCCGCGUCAAUCGAUUCAACAGUUCAGAUUAUCAGGUGGUCACCCGUGUCGACAAGGGAGGAGCUCUACAUGUCUACCACCAGAGACGCCAACCCCCUGUGCGGAGUCAUGCCUGUGAGCCAGAUCAGUUUGGAAAAGCCGGAGGUUGUUCAGACAUCUGUCUGUUGGGCAACAGCCACAAGAGCCGGACGUGUCGCUGUCGGUCUGGCUUCAGCCUGGGCAACGAUGGCAAAUCAUGCAAGAAGCCCGAGCAUGAGUUAUUCCUGGUGUACGGGAAGGGUCGUCCAGGUGUUAUCCGUGGUAUGGACAUCAACCCUAAAAUUCAGGAUGAAUAUAUGAUCCCCAUCGAGAACCUGAUGAACCCUCGAGCUCUGGACUUCCAUGCACAGAGUAACUUCAUCUACUUCGCCGAUGCCACCAGUUAUCUGAUUGGCCGACAGAAGAUUGAUGGCACAGAAAGAGACAUCAUCCUUAAAGAAGGUAUUCACACUGUGGAAGGAAUCGCUGUGGACUGGAUGGCCAAUAAUCUUUACUGGACAGAUGAUGGUCCCAAGAAGACCAUCAGUGUUGCUCGGCUCGAGAAAGCUUCUCAGACCAGGAAGACUCUCAUUGAGGGCAAGAUGACCCACCCUCGAGCUAUUGUGGUGGACCCUCGGCACGGCUGGAUGUACUGGACUGACUGGGAGGAGGACCCAAAAGAGAGCAAGCGAGGGAAGAUUGAGAAGGCCUGGAUGGACGGAACCAACCGGAACGUUCUGUUGACGUCUAAGACGGUUCUGUGGCCCAACGGCCUGAGUCUGGACAUUCCUCAGGGCAUCCUAUACUGGGUGGAUGCUUAUUACGACCGAAUCGAGAUGGUCUAUCUCAACAAUACUGCACGCAAGACAGUUUAUGAAGGACAGGAACUGAACCAUGCCUUUGGCCUUUGCCACUACAAAAACUUCCUUUUCUGGAACGAGUACCGCAGUGGCAGCAUCUAUAAACUGGACCAGAACACCAAAACGGUCACUUUGCUACGCAACGAACGGCCACCCAUCUUUGAAAUCCGCAUGUAUGAUGCCCAACAGCAGCUGGGAAGUAAUGCGUGUAGAGCCAAUAACGGCGGCUGUAGUAGUCUGUGUUUGGCCACUCCCACUGGCAGGUCAUGUGCCUGUGCUGAGGACCAAUUACUGGACCCCACAGACAACACCAGCUGUAAAGCCAACCCGUCUUACAUUCCCCCUCCACAGUGUCAGCCGGGAGAGUUCGCCUGUAAGAAUAACCGCUGUAUUCAAGACCGCUGGAAAUGUGACGGAGAUAACGACUGUCUGGACAACAGCGACGAGACCGCUGAACUGUGCCAUCAGCACACGUGUCCUGCUGACCGCUUCAAGUGUCAAAAUAACCGCUGUAUCCCCAUGCGCUGGCUGUGUGAUGGAGACAACGACUGUGGCAAUGAUGAAGAUGAAUCUAACACCACAUGCUCAGCUCGGACAUGUCCUCCUAAUCAGUACUCGUGCGCCAGUGGCCGCUGUAUCCCCAUUUCCUGGAGAUGUGACCUGGAUGAUGACUGCGGGGACCGCUCGGAUGAGCCCGCGUCCUGUGCAUACCCAACCUGUUUCCCGCUCACUCAGUUCACCUGCGAUAACGGACGCUGUAUCAACAUCAACUGGCGCUGUGAUAACGAAAAGGAUUGUGGGGAUGGCUCUGAUGAGUUCAAUUGUCCGAACCCGACCGACAAUGACUGUGGUGAUAACAGUGAUGAAGCCGGCUGCAGUCAUUCAUGCUCCAGCGCUCAGUUUAAAUGUAACAGCGGUCGCUGUAUACCCGACUACUGGACCUGCGACGGAGACAACGACUGUGGGGACUACAGCGACGAGACCCACGCCAACUGCACUAACCAGGCAACCCGUCCUCCCGGUGGCUGUCACACAGAUGAGUUCCAGUGUCGUGUGGAUGGGUUGUGCAUUCCCCUCCGCUGGCGGUGUGAUGGAGACACUGACUGCAUGGAUCUGAGUGAUGAGAAGAACUGCGAGGGUGUAACACACAUGUGUGAUCCAGCAGUAAAGUUUGGAUGCAAGGACUCUGCGCGGUGUAUCAGUAAGGCUUGGGUGUGUGAUGGUGACAGUGAUUGUGAAGAUAACUCUGAUGAAGAUAACUGUGAGGCGCUGGUGUGUAAACUCUCCCAUCACGUGUGUGCCAAUGACACCAGCAUUUGCCUGUCCGCCGAGAAACUGUGUAAUGGCAAAGACGACUGUCCUGAUGGCUCCGAUGAGAAACUCUGUGAUCUGUGUUCUCUGGACAAUGGUGGCUGCAGUCAUAACUGUACAGUGGCUCCGGGGGAGGGCAUUCUGUGCUCGUGCCCACUGGGAAUGGAACUGGGAACUGACAACAAGACGUGUCAGAUCCAGGGCUUCUGUGCCAAACACCUGAAGUGCAGCCAGCGCUGUGAACAGGACAAGUUCAAUGUGAAGUGUUCCUGCUAUGAGGGCUGGGCCCUCGAACCUGACAUGGAGAGCUGCAGGAGCACAGAUCCUUUUAAACCCUUCAUCAUCUUCUCCAACCGUCAUGAGAUCCGGCGGAUUGACCUUCACAAAGGAGACUUCAGCGUGUUGGUGCCAGGCCUGAGGAACACCAUCGCACUCGACUUCCACCUCAACGAGAGCUCGCUCUACUGGACUGAUGUUGUUGAGGACAAAAUAUACCGUGGGAAGCUGUCAGAAAAUGGUGCAGCGCUGACCAGUUUUGACGUGGUGAUCCAGUAUGGAUUAGCUACUCCCGAGGGUCUGGCUGUAGACUGGAUCGCCGGAAACAUCUACUGGGUGGAGAGCAACCUAGAUCAGAUCGAAGUGGCCAAACUGGACGGGACCAUGCGCACCACUCUACUAGCUGGAGAUGUGGAGCAUCCACGGGCCAUCGCCCUGGACCCCAGAGAGGGAAUCCUAUUCUGGACGGACUGGGACGCCAGCAUGCCCAGGAUAGAGGCUGCGUCCAUGAGUGGACAUGGCAGGCGCACCAUCCAUAAGGAGACGGGCAGCGGAGGAUGGCCCAACGGACUGACUGUGGACUAUCUGGAGCGCCGCAUUCUGUGGAUCGAUGCCAGGUCUGAUGCGAUCUAUUCAGCUAAGUAUGACGGGUCGGGACUGAUCGAGGUGCUCAGAGGACACGAGUAUCUCUCGCACCCGUUUGCUGUGACGAUGUAUGGAGGAGAGGUUUACUGGACAGACUGGCGCACAAACACACUGGCCAAGGCCAACAAGUGGACAGGAAACAACGUCACUGUGGUUCAGAGAACAAACACACAACCUUUCGACCUGCAGGUGUACCACCCAUCUAGACAACCGCAAGCACCGAACCCCUGUGCUGCUAACGGUGGUUUGGGUCCAUGUUCUCACCUGUGCUUGAUCAACUAUAACCAGACGUUCUCCUGUGCCUGCCCGCACCUCAUGAGACUAAGCGAGGACAACCACACCUGCUACGAGUCGCGUCAGUUCCUGCUGUACGCCCGUCAGAUUGAGAUAAGAGGAGUGGACAUCUAUAAUCCGUACUACAACUACAUCAUCUCCUUCACCGUCCCCGACAUCGACAACGUCACGGUUGUAGAUUACGACGCUCUGGAGCAGCGCAUCUAUUGGUCAGAUGUUCGGACUCAGACCAUCAAGAGGGCCUUCAUCAACGGCACAGGAAUAGAGACGGUGGUGUCUGCAGAUAUUCCCAACGCACAUGGUCUGGCGGUGGACUGGGUGUCACGUAAUCUCUUCUGGACCAGCUAUGAUGGCAAUAAGAAACAGAUCAACGUCGCCAGACUGGACGGCUCCUUCAAGAACGCUGUUAUUCAGGGCCUGGACAAACCCCACUGCCUCGUGCUGCAUCCCAUACUGGGAAAGCUGUACUGGACUGAUGGAAAUAACAUCAGCAUGGCCAACACUGACGGCACGAACCGUACCGUGAUCUUCACCAAUCAGAAAGGACCAGUGGGUCUGUCCAUAGACUACGACACGGAGCAGCUGUACUGGAUCAGCUCAGGAAACAGCACCAUUAACCGCUGUAAGCUGGACGGGUCAGGGCUGGAGGUGUUAGACGCGGUCAAAGGCAAACUCAACAAAGCCUCUGCGCUGGCUAUCAUGGGUGAUAAGCUGUGGUGGGCGGAUCAGGGCACGGAUGAGAUCGGCACCUGUGACAAGAGUGAUGGAGGAGACUGGAAGGUCUUGAGAAACAGCACGUCUCCCAUGAUGCACAUGAAGAUCUACAAUGAGACCGUGCAGACAGGUUCAAACAUGUGCAGUAACAACAAUGGUGACUGCUCUCAGCUGUGUCUGCCCACAUCUGCCUCCAGCCGCUCCUGCAUGUGCACCGCGGGAUACAGCCUGAGGAGCGGACAGCAGUCCUGCGAGGGUGUGGGUUCAUUCCUGCUGUACUCUGUUCAUGAGGGGAUUAGAGGAAUCCCGCUGGACCCCGCUGACAAAUCCGAUGCCCUUGUACCGGUUUCAGGCACAUCACUUGCCGUCGGGAUUGAUUUUCAUGCCGAUAACGACACAAUCUAUUGGGUUGACAUGGGUUUGAGCACCAUCAGCAGAGCGAAGAGAGAUCAGACGUGGAGAGAGGACAUCAUCACUAACGGCAUCGGCCGUGUGGAGGGCAUCGCUGUCGACUGGAUCGCUGGAAACAUCUACUGGACGGACCAAGGCUUUGAUGUGAUUGAGGUUGCCAGAUUGAAUGGCUCAUUUCGAUAUGUGGUCAUCUCCCAAGGACUGGAUAAACCGCGGGCCAUUACUGUACAUCCCGAGAAAGGGUAUCUGUUCUGGACGGAGUGGGGACAGUAUCCACGCAUAGAAAGAUCUCGUCUGGAUGGAUCUAACAGAGCUGUGCUGGUGAACGUCAGUAUUAGCUGGCCCAACGGCGUCUCUAUUGACUAUCAGGACGGUUUGCUGUACUGGUGCGAUGCGCGCACAGAUAAGAUUGAGCGCAUUAACCUGGAGACGGGUGAGAACAGAGAGGUGGUCCUUUCCAGCAACAACAUGGACAUGUUCUCCGUAUCUGUGUUUGAGGGCUACAUAUAUUGGAGCGACCGGACUCAUGCAAAUGGUUCAAUAAAGCGCGGCAGUAAAGACAAUGCAACAGAUUCAGUAAGUCUGAGGACAGGCAUCGGCGUCCAACUCAAAGACAUCAAGGUCUUUAACAGAGCGCGGCAACAAGGAACUAAUAUCUGCAAGAACAACAAUGGUGGCUGCCAGCAGCUUUGUCUUUACCGUGGUAAUGGACAGAGAACAUGUGCUUGCGCUCACGGAAUGUUAGCCGAGGACAGUCAGAGUUGCCGUGACUACGAUGGAUACCUGCUGUAUUCAGAACGCACGAUACUAAAGAGUGUGCACUUAUCAGAUGAAAACAACCUCAAUGCACCAAUCAAACCAUUUGAAGAUCCUGACCACAUGAAGAACGUCAUCGCGCUAACGUUUGAUUACCGCGGAGGAGGCGGAAAAGGAGCCAAUCGGAUCUUCUACAGUGACAUCCACUUUGGAAAUAUUCAGCAGAUCAAUGACGACGGGUCAGAUCGGAAGACCGUGGUCGAGAAUGUUGGGUCAGUAGAAGGGUUGGCGUAUCAUCGGGCCUGGGACACUUUAUACUGGACCAGUUACACCACGUCCACUAUCACCCGUCACAGUGUGGACCAGAGCCGCUGGGGGGCUUUUGACCGGGACACUGUAGUUACCAUGUCAGGAGAUGACCACCCACGGGCUUUCGUCCUGGAUGAAUGUCAGAACUUGAUGUUUUGGACCAACUGGAAUGAGCAGUCACCUAGUAUCAUGCGCGCUCAGCUGUCUGGAGCCAAUGUCUUGGUGAUCAUCGGCAGUGAUGUCCGCACUCCCAAUGGACUCGCCAUCGACCAUCGUGCCGAGAAGCUCUAUUUCUCAGAUGCAACUCUUGAUAAGAUUGAGCGCUGCGAGUAUGAUGGCUCCCACCGUUAUGUGGUCCUAAAGAAUGAGCCAGUGCAUCCUUUUGGUUUGGCCGUGUACGGUGACCACAUCUUCUGGACAGACUGGGUGCGCAGAGCCGUCCUCAGAGCCGACAAAUAUGUUGGAGGAGACAUGAAGGUGUUAAGAGCUGAUAUUCCACAGCAGCCAAUGGGGAUCGUCGCUGUGGCCAACGAUACAAAUAGCUGUGAGUUCUCGCCCUGUCGGGUGAAUAAUGGAGGCUGUCAGGAUCUGUGUCUUCUCACAUCAGAUGGAAGGGUCAACUGUAGCUGUCGUGGAGAGAGGAAACUGCUGGAGGAUAACACCUGCAUAGCUCAGAACACGUCUUGCAGCAGUAUGGAUGACUUUGAGUGUGGGAAUGGAGACUGCAUCAAAUACACGCUCACCUGUGACGGCAUGGCCCACUGCAAAGACAAGUCAGAUGAGAAACAGUCCUACUGCACUAAUCGUGUGUGUAAGAAGGGCUAUAAGCGCUGUGUGAAUGGACGCUGUGUCGGCCACAGUUCCUGGUGUAAUGGCCGAGAUGAUUGCGGAGAUAACUCGGAUGAACUCUUCUGUAAUGCAACCCUGUGCACAGCGGAUCAGUUUCAGUGCAGAGAUGGAUCAUGUGUGUCAAACUCCAGUCGCUGUAACCAGGUGCUGGACUGUGAGGACGCCAGCGACGAAAUGAACUGCUCCAUCUCUGAUUGUUCCAGUUAUUUCCGUCUGGGUGUGAAAGGCUUCACCUAUCAGCGGUGUGAGUUCACAACGCUGUGUUACGCUCCAUCAUGGGUCUGUGACGGCGCAAAUGACUGUGGAGACUAUUCAGAUGAGAGGAACUGCCCAGAUAAGAAAAAGAGAAAGUGUCCGUCAAACUUCUUCGCCUGUCCCAACGGUCGCUGUAUCCCCAUGAGCUGGACCUGUGACAAGGAGAAGGACUGUGACAGCGGAGACGACGAGGCACACUGCGAUAAGUUCUGCUCAGCGACGCAGUUUGAGUGUGGGAAUCACCGCUGUAUUUCCAGCAGCUGGGUGUGUGACGGGGCGGACGACUGCGGAGAUGGAACGGAUGAGGACAGCAGAUGCAAGAACAAAACGUGCAGUACAGACGCGUUCCACUGUCCAGACUCACACAAGUGUGUCCCGCAGCGCUGGGUGUGUGACGGAGACCGAGACUGUCCGGAUGGAGCCGACGAGAGCUUGAAGGCCGGCUGUGUGUUCAAUAACACGUGUAAGGCGGGAGAGUUCAUGUGCCAGAACAGACAGUGUAUCCCCAAACACUUCGUGUGUGACCACGACAACGACUGCGGAGACGGCUCGGAUGAGUCUCUGGAGUGCGAGUAUCCUGCGUGCAAGGCCAAUGAGUUCCGCUGUGAUAACGGCCGCUGUCUGAUCCAGAAAUCCUGGGAGUGUGACGGAGAGUUCGACUGCCACGAUCACUCCGACGAAGCUCCCAAAAACCCUCACUGCAACGGUCCUGCAGAGAAGAAAUGUAACGACACGGCGUAUGCAUGUGGGAACGGUAAAUGCAUCAGUGAGACGUUACUGUGCAAUCUCAACGAUGACUGUGGCGAUGGAACGGAUGAGCUGAACUGCAACAUUAAUGAAUGUCUGAACAGUAAACUGAGCGGCUGCUCUCAGCUGUGUGAGGACCUGAAGAUCGGAUUCAAGUGUAGAUGCCACCCUGGCUUUAGACUGAAGGAUGAUGGGAAGACGUGUGUAGAUGUGGAUGAGUGCUCCACCACGUAUCCCUGCACACAGCACUGCAUCAACACACACGGCAGCUUCCGCUGUGUGUGUGUGGACGGCUUCCAGCUCAGCCCCUCUGACCCCACUGUCUGCAAGUCCACCUCCGACGAGGAGCCGUUCCUCAUCUUUGCUAACCGGUAUUACUUGAGAAAGCUCAACUUGGACGGCUCAAACUACACACUUUUAAAGCAGGGUCUGAACAAUGCUGUUGCAUUGGACUUCGACUACAGACAGCAGAUGAUCUAUUGGACCGAUGUGACGACUCAAGGCAGUAUGAUACGACGCAUGCACAUCAACGGCAGCGAUGUUCAGGUUCUCCAUCGCACAUCCCUCAGCAACCCUGAUGGUCUGGCUGUUGAUUGGGUUGGGGAUAAUCUGUAUUGGUGUGAUAAGGGGCGGGACACUAUUGAGGUGUCAAAGCUGAACGGCGCAUAUAGGACAGUCCUGGUCAACACGGGACUGAGGGAACCCAGAGCCAUAGCUGUGGAUGUCCGCAAUGGGUACCUGUACUGGUCUGACUGGGGUGAUAAUCCACACAUUGGCCGCAUUGGGAUGGAUGGCACCAACAGAAGUGUGAUCAUACAGGACAAGAUAACCUGGCCCAACGGCCUCACUCUGGACUUCAUCAAUGAUCGCAUCUACUGGGCAGAUGCCCGAGAGGACUACAUUGAGUUUGCCAGCUUAGACGGAACCAACAGACAUACAGUUUUGACUCAGGACAUCCCGCAUAUAUUCGCCAUGACUCUUUUUGAGGAGUACAUCUACUGGACAGACUGGGAGACCAAAUCUAUCAACAGAGCUCAUAAAACACUGGGCACCAACAAGACCAUGCUGAUCAGCACCUUACACAGACCCAUGGACGUCCACAUCUACCACCCCUACAGACAGCCAGAGGUCACAAAUCACCCGUGUCAGACAGACAAUGGCGGCUGCAGUAACUUGUGUCUGCUCUCUCCGGGCGGAGGGUAUAAAUGUGCCUGUCCCACUAACUUCUAUCUGGCCGCUGAUGGGAAACAGUGCAUGUCCAACUGCACCGCCAGCCAGUUCGUCUGCAAGAAUGACAAGUGUAUCCCGUUCUGGUGGAAGUGUGACACUGAGGAUGAUUGUGGCGACCGGUCCGAUGAGCCGGCUGACUGCCCUGAGUUUAAAUGCAGACCGGGUCAGUUCCAGUGUGGUACUGGGAUCUGUACGAACCCAGCGUACAUCUGUGAUGGAGACAACGACUGCCAGGAUAACUCUGACGAGGCCAGCUGCGAUAUCCAUGUGUGUUUGCCCAGUCAGUUUAAAUGCACCAAUCCCAGUCGCUGUAUUCCUGGAAUAUUCCGCUGUAACGGCCAAGACAACUGCGGAGAAGGAGAGGAUGAAAAAGACUGCCCGGAGGUGACAUGUGCACCUAACCAGUUCCAGUGCACUAUAUCCAAACGCUGUAUCCCGCGCGUGUGGGUGUGUGACCGCGAUAAUGACUGCGUCGAUGGAUCCGACGAACCUGCCAACUGCACUCAGAUGACGUGCGGUGUGGAUGAGUUCCGCUGUAAAGACUCGGGCCGCUGUAUCCCAGCUCGCUGGAAGUGUGACGGAGAGGAUGACUGUGGAGACUCUUCGGAUGAACCCAAAGAGGAGUGCGAUGAGAGGACGUGCGAGCCGUAUCAGUUCCGCUGUAGAAACAAUCGCUGUGUUCCCGGCCGCUGGCAGUGUGACUAUGAUAACGACUGCGGGGAUAACUCGGACGAGGACAAGUGUGUGCCCAGGCAGUGCUCUGAGAGUGAGUUCGCCUGCACCAGCGGUCGCUGUAUUGCUGGCAGAUGGAAGUGUGAUGGAGAUCACGACUGCGCUGAUGGAUCUGAUGAGCACGGCUGUGACGUGAAGUGUGAUAACGACCAGUUUCAGUGUAAGAACGGUCACUGUAUCCCGUUCCGCUGGAGGUGUGACGCUGAUGCCGACUGCAUGGAUGGCAGCGACGAGGAGAACUGUGACACUGGAGCGGGUCGAUUCUGCCCUCUGGAUGAGUUUCAGUGUAAUAACACUCUGUGUAAGCCGCUGGGCUGGAUGUGUGACGGGGAGGACGACUGCGGAGACAAUUCAGAUGAGAAUCCAGACGUGUGCAAGAGAUCCCAGUGUCCUCCCACCAGACAGUUCCGGUGCUAUAAUGACCGAGUGUGUCUGCCAGUGUCUAAACAAUGUGACGGCGUUGACCACUGCGGAGACAACAGUGAUGAACUCCACUGCCAAACUCCUGCGCCUGCGGUCUGUGGGAAGGGUGAGUUUACCUGCAGCACUGGGAAGUGUAUCAGCGUUAACCUGCGCUGCAAUUUCUUCAACGAUUGUGAGGACUACGGCUCUGAUGAGAUCAACUGCAACAAGAAAGAUUCGGGUCUGAAUGAAUGCCGUAACAACCGCAGUAUGUGUGGAGAUGAAGGUCACUGUGUAGUGAACAGAACCGACUCGUUCUGCUCCUGCAAACCUGGCUUCCAGAAAACACACCCGCAAACCUGCGCCGAUGUGAACGAGUGCAAGCAGUUUGGCAUCUGUUCUCACAUCUGUAACAACACCAAAGGCUCCCACAAAUGCAGCUGCUCCAAGAACUUUGUCAAAGUGAACGACACCUGCAAGGCUGACAGCAGUGACAAACAGGCUCUGUACGUGGCCGAUGAUAAUGAAAUUCGCAGUUUGUAUCCCGGAAUGCAAAACUGGAUAUAUGAACAGGCCUUCCAAGGAGAUGCCAAUGUACGAAUCGAUGCCAUGGACCUGCACAUCAAAUCCAAACGCAUCUUCUGGACCAACUGGCACACGGGCAGAAUCUCAUCCUUCGAGCAGCCUUCUGCUGGACCGGCCUCGCCCAACUCCAACCGCAACCGGAGACAGACCAAUUCCAGAGUUACUGAUCUAGAGAUCCCUGGUCUGAAGAUGCCUCGUGGGAUUGCUGUGGACUGGGUGGCCAACAACAUCUACUGGACGGACUCAGGUCGUGAUGUCAUCGAGGUGGCACAGAUGAACGGACGCAAUCGCAAGACCCUCAUCUCGGGCAUGAUUGACGAGCCCUACGCCAUUGUGGUGGACCCACCGAGAGGCACCAUGUACUGGGCUGACUGGGGAAACCACCCUAAGAUCGAGACGGCCGCUAUGGACGGCACCAUGAGAGAGACACUGGUGCAUGAGAACAUCCAGUGGCCCACAGGUCUAGCUGUGGAUUACUUCAAUGAGCGUCUGUACUGGGCGGAUGCCAAACUCUCUGUUAUCGGGAGCGUCAGACUGAAUGGAACAGAUCCGGUCAUAGCUGUCUCCAGCGUUAAAAACAAUUUGCACCAGCCUUUCAGUAUCGACAUCUUUGAGGAUUUCAUAUACGGUGUGACCUAUCACAACAACUUUGUCUUCCGCGUCAACAAGUUUGGCAAGAGUUCAGUGGAGCAUCUGACCACAGGAAUUAACCAUGCCACAGAUGUGGUCCUUUACCACCCUUACAAACAACCAGAGAUGGCCAACCCAUGUGACAGGAAGAAGUGUGAGUGGUUGUGUCUGCUCAGCCCCAGCGGCCCAGUCUGCAUGUGUCCAAACGGCAGAAUACUGGACAGUGGCACCUGCGUGGAGGUUCCCACCCCAACACUGUCCCCUGUCUCUCCGAGUGGCACCUGUAACCUGGUUUGUCUGAAUGGUGGAACUUGUGUCCUGAAUGCCAGAAAACAACCCAAGUGUCGCUGUCAGCCCAACUAUGGAGGAGAGAGGUGUGAGCUAAACCAGUGUAAAGAGUACUGCCAGAAUGGAGGAACGUGUACUGCAUCUCCUACAGGAGCUCCGACUUGCCGUUGUCUGGCAGGCUUCACAGGACCCCACUGUAACCAGCGCACAUGUGAGAACUACUGUAAGAAUGGAGGAAACUGCACAGUUAAUCGUGGAAACCAGCCCACCUGCAGCUGCCCUACAGACUUCCUGGGAGACCAGUGCCAAUAUCGGUCAUGUGAUGAAUUCUGUGACCAUGGAGGGACAUGUAUGCAGUCCAGCGAUGGGUCGAGACAAUGUCACUGCCCUCCACGCUUCAUCGGCAAGAAAUGUGAAGUGGACAAGUGCCACUAUUGCCGUGAUGGCAAGUGUAUUCCCACCAACAUCUACCAGCCACAUGGAGAUGUAACAUGCAGCUGUACCAGUGGCAGAAUCCAGCCAAGCUGUUAUACAUGUGAUGGGUACUGUGCUAAUGGGCAGUGCACUCUUAGUGCCACAAACUACCCACAGUGCAAAUGUCCUCUUGGAUGGGAGGGACAUCGAUGUGAGAAUCCUGCUACCAAUGAAAAUACUGAAUCCAGUGGCCGAACAGCUUCAAUAGUUAUUCCACUGGUUUUACUGAUACUGCUGGUGUUGCUGAUUGGAGGAGCAGUAUUAUGGUACAGGAAAAGAAUGAGAGGAGCCAAAGGCUUUCAGCAUCAGAGAAUGACAAAUGGCACUAUGAAUGUUGAAAUUGGGAACCCAGCCUAUAAAAUUUAUGAAGGAGAGCAAGAUGAGGACGUUGGAGAAUUGUUGGAUGCUGACUUCACACUGGAUCCUGACAAACCGACCAACUUCACGAAUCCUGUGUAUGCUACUCUGUACAUGGGAGCUCACAACAGCCGUAAUUCCCUGGCCAGUACAGAUGAGAAGAAGGAACUGCUAUCACGGGGUGACGAGGAGCCCCUGGUGGAACCCCUGGCUUAGAAUGUCCAUCAGUUUUGUCCAUACAUGGAAAAUACCAUUUGCCUUUUUGAGAAAAAGAUGAAAAAAAAAGCAGAAAGAAAAUCAAUGAUUAAGUGUUAACACUGUAUAAAAUGUACAAAAAUGAAGGACUACUUUUGUAUGUGAUUGCAGUAUUAUAUUUUGUUCUUUUACAAUUCCUCUGGUCACAACAAAACAUCACAACAACAGAAUAUACAUUUUUUUUGUCUUUUUAUUUUCUUUGGGGUUUAAAUUUUUAGGUCACCUCCCCUUAACCUUGAUAGCCACUACCUCUGUGCAAUAUGGAGUCAAAAAAGAGAUUGGAACGAUGACAUUUUUUAUUUUUGUAUGAAAUGUAUAGAGAAAAAUGUUGUUCCAUCAGUAAUGCCAACUGUUUGUUGUAUAUCUGACUGUGUGGAGAAGGAUACUUUGACAUGGAACCAGUGUUGUUUGCUUCAAACUUACUACAAUAUCAAGCAAAUGUUAUUAAUUUUACGUUUGUGCCAGUUUUACUACUCCCAUUGUAAGGUCAUAAUUAUUACAGAUUCAAACCAUUGCAAUAUUGCAUAUGCUUAUUACAGAAAAGCUUUUUCAGAACAGAUUUUUUUAAAUGAGAAUGUCAGUGUUGUAGAUUUGAACACACUUGACACGAAGUUUUCUCAUGAUUUUAAAAACCUUUUGAUCUAAAGGCUUCUGCUUAACUGCUUGAAAUUAGUUUUAUAGACAACAAUAAACUGUGCCUAUGUAUGAAACUCUUUACAAAACUUAACAUUUUUGUUCAAAUGCAAAACAAAUAAAAUGGUUGCAUUAGAAAGGAUAGUAAAAUAAAAAAGCAACUAUUAGGAGACCAGCACAUUUGAGAACUAAUUCAAUAUCGUUUGAAUAAGAGUGAAGAAAAUGAACAUUUUGUAGUUUAGACAACAUAAAAGAGAUCCGAUUCAUUACUUUUUUCUUUGGUCACUACAUAAUCCCCAUACUUCAGUUAGAUUUUAGAUUAAUUGUAAAGAAUGAGUGGGUGUGUCCCAGCUUUUGAUUGGUACUGUAUUUAUUUUCAGAUGAAUGAAGUAAAGAGUAAUUGUAAUCUGCCUCUGAAAUAUGCCAUCCAUUAUGUUGCUUUUACUUUUAAAAUGUACCCUUUUUUGGUAACACUUUAGAAUAGGUAACACUUGUUAACUAUUAACUACAACUUUUCUCUCAAUAAAUUCUUAAAUUCCUUCUUAA